ACCUGUCAAAUUCAGGUACCUGCUCCCCCUCCCUCCCCAAAGGUCCACAGUCUCUGGUCAUCUCCUUUACUGUCUGCAGUCUCUGGUCAUUCCCUGCACUGUCUGCAGUCUCUGGCCAUCAUCUCUGGUCAUUCCCUGUACUUUGUCCGCAGUCUCUGGUCAUCUCCUGUACUAUAUCUGCAGUCUCUGGUCAUCUCCUGUAGUAUGUCCCGCAGUCUCUGGUCAUCUUCUGUAGUAUGUCCGCAGUCUCUAAUCAUCUCCUGUAGUAUGUCCGCAGUCUAUGGUCAUCUCCUGUACUAUGUCCGCAGUCUCUGUUCAUUCCUGUACUAUGUCCGCAGUUUCUGGUCAUCUCCUGUACUAUGUCCGCAGUCUCUGGUCAUCUCCUGUAGUAUGUCCGCAGUCUAUGGUCAUCUCAUGUACUAUGUCCGCAGUCUCUGGUCAUUCCCUGUACUAUGUCCGCAGUCUCUGGUCAUUCCCUGUACUAUGUCCGCAGUCUCUGGUCAUCUCCUGUACUAUGUCCUCAGUCUCUGGUCAUCUCCUGUGCUAUGUCUGCAGUCUCUGGUCAUCUCC